AUGGCUUCACCUAAUGGUUUCUUUAACCACUUAACCUAUUUUCUGGCUGCUGGUGCUGUUAUUUUGGGAAUUGGUUUCUUUGCUUUGGCAUCAGUUUUGUGGUUCCUGAUUUGCAAACGAAGAGACCUAUUGGAAAAUUCCAGAUUAAAAGAAACCACCAACUUCAAGGAAAUAGUGCUGACGACUAAACCUCGGUGUAUUUUUAUUUCUCGAAAUUUUCAUACUGGAAGAUUCCAGUUACAGGAGAAGAACGGAAAAAAGAAAGCCGCGUGUAUAAAAGAACUUAAAGAUCACUCUGAAGAUGAAUUCUGUCCUGCAACAGAUAAUGCCAUUUGUGACCCAUCACAGACUAGCUCAACAACAAAUUGUAGCAGCGUUACUGCAAACUUAUCGACACUACCAUCUGAGUCAUGUUACAGUCAAAAUAUAGAAGCAGCUGAAGAUUGGUUUUCUGAUGAUUGUCUAGAGAAAAAGAACUCUCAAAUGCCUUUUCUCGAAGAACCACGAAAGCAAGAAGUAUUUAUGUACUUGUCAACCAUUCCAUUAGAAGAAUGUACUGAAUAUGUACAGAAUAGGACAUAUGUUGAUGAACAAAAUGAUGACAACAUUAAGGAAAUAGUUUCACGAAGAAAUACAGAUGUUGAAAUACAAAACCUUCAAUAUGACGUUGAAUGA